CAAAUAAUCUCCAGUCCAUUUCCUCCAGUGUCCCCUCCUCUUCCAAUUUCUAAAGCGAAAGACGCCACAGAUGGAGAAAACCUAGAGCAAGAUCUUUGUGCAUUUCUGAUAUCAAGAGCUUGUAGGAAUUCCACUCUGGCCAACUAUUUAUACUGGUAUGUUAUUGUAGAAUGUGAAGAUCAGGAUACUCAACAACGUGACCCAAAAACUCAUGAGAUGUAUUUGAAUGUGAUGAGGAGGUUUAGUCAAGCUCUGCUAAAGGGAGACAAAAAUGUGAGAGUUAUGCGCUCUCUUCUCGCUGCUCAACAGACAUUUGUGGAUCGACUAGUGCAUCUUAUGAAAGCUGUUCAACGAGAGAGUGGGAAUCGGAAGAAAAAGAUUGAAAGGUUGCAGACGUUAUUGGCAGACAACGAAAAAGUAAAUUUAUCAGAAAUUGAACCUAUACCUUUGCCUUUAGAGCCACAAGUUAAAAUCAGGGGUAUCAUCCCAGAAAAAGCAACAUUAUUUAAGAGUGCACUUAUGCCAGCAAAGUUGAUAUUUAAAACUGAAGAUGGAGGUAAAUAUCCUGUUAUAUUCAAACAUGGCGAUGAUCUCCGUCAGGAUCAGCUUAUUCUUCAGAUCAUCUCUCUUAUGGACAAGCUGUUACGGAAAGAAAAUCUUGAUUUGAAAUUGACGCCCUACAAGGUGUUGGCAACGAGUACCAAACAUGGUAAAAUAUUUAAAGAAUAUAAACAUAUAAAACAAUUAUUGUACCUGGCCUCUGGAUAUUGUGUGAUUACAUACAUCCUUGGAGUUGGGGACAGACAUUUGGAUAACCUCCUGCUGACAAAGACAGGGAAAUUAUUUCACAUAGACUUUGGAUAUAUUUUGGGUCGUGAUCCUAAACCUCUGCCACCUCCCAUGAAACUGAGUAAAGAGAUGGUAGAAGGGAUGGGUGGAAUGCAGAGUGAACAGUACCAAGAAUUCCGGAAACAAUGUUAUACUGCCUUUCUGCACCUGAGAAGAUAUUCUAAUCUCAUACUGAAUCUGUUCUCGCUAAUGGUAGAUGCCAAUAUUCCAGAUAUUGCUUUGGAACCUGACAAGACUGUGAAAAAGGUACAGGACAAAUUCCGCCUAGAUCUUUCUGAUGAAGAAGCAGUUCAUUACAUGCAGAGUUUGAUAGAUGAAAGUGUAGGUGCCUUGUUUGCUGCUGUGGUGGAACAGAUACACAAAUUUGCUCAGUACUGGAGAAGAUAAAUACUGUGUUUCUGGAGAGGCUGAACAUGCCAUGACCACUGAAUAAAAAUCACAUCUGUUGCAAGAUGUGAAGUUUGCUGCACAAGAACAAAUUAAACUGCGGUUCUUACCAUAAAUGAUUCAAUGCUAAGGAAAUACUCUGCACUACAAUUUGGACAGCAAAAUAAUUGAGUAUAUACCCAUUGUGCUAAUCUUUUCAGUGGUCAAUAGUGAGAGGACUGAACCAAGUGUUUAGCAACAUUCCAGGGAAAACUGUAGCAAAGUUAUUUUCUUACGCAGUUCUGGUGGAUUACUUGGUGACCAGUGGUGUAUAUUGUAACAAAUUGUAUUCUUUGCCACUUCUGCCAUUCAAUUCCAGUGAAAAAUACCAAAAAAGUUUAUUUUGUUUCAUUCAAGCUGUCACCAUGAAAAUGCUUGCACUAUGUUGAAACUGUUGAAUGCUGUUAUUGUCUGAAGUACCAUCUUUCAAUUUUGGUGCAAACUGUUUUACACAAUAAGUUAAUCUUUGUUUGAAAAUUCACAGUUAAAGACAAGCUUUUUUUUCUAUUAGAACAAAAUUGCAUUAUAGAAGUUUUUUAUGAAUAAAUAAUUUCAACAGUGCUGUAAAUAAAGCAAUAAAUGGCAUAAAAUUA